AUGUCAUAUAAAAGAUAUCAGUUGAUUAUUAUGGGUACAAUUUAUUCACAUCUUAACCUUUAGCAAAAGAGUAGAUGCAUGUUUAUGAGAUGAGUAGUACUAAUAAAAAAUACUCAAAAAUAAACGAAAUUACUGUUAAAAUCGGUUAUAAUGGUUGUUAUUAUUACUUUCCUUAAUAAUAUAUAAGGUUGAAAUAUUUAGUUGUCAAUAAGAAUGGAUACAAUGUUAAUUUAAUAAGGAACCAAAAUGGUGAUUUUAUAACACAAUAAUCUAUUGAUUUUGGACACUAUAAUAUAUUUGGAUUUAUGAGUGAAGAUGGAGAGUAUCUAAUGACUUGGGAGGAAAAUCAAAGGAAAUUUAAAUAAGAAAAUAUUAUUAGAUAUGAAGAAGAAUUAAAUAUUAUUAAAAAAAUUAAUAUUAUUUAUUUAUUUAUUAUUUUAUAUGUUAUCAAUGAUAAAAUAUUAUUAUUUGGUUUAUUAAAAGUAGAGGGAUAUAUAGAUAAAUGUUAAAGAGCAAAAAUAAGCAUAAUCCUUAAGUAGAUAAUAAAUUUUUAUGACAUUUAAAAUUUUAUUUUCAUAAUUUAAUAUUAACUUUGCAAUCACUGCAAAAAACUUAGCCUUAGAUUAAGAAAUUUUAGAGGUAGAAAAGUAUAAGAUUAAAAUGACUUAAACUAAAUUUGA